GUUCUGAUGUCUUUAUUUCCUUCCCCGUAGUUCGCGAACUUGACGUUCCAGGCGAAUUAUAUGAAAGAAAAACAUAUCCAUUCGAAUUUUCAACUGUAGAGAUGCCAUAUGAGACAUACAAUGGGAUAAAUGUGCGACUUAGGUAUGUACUCAAGGUGACAAUAAAUCGGGGCUAUGCGGGUAGCAUAGUGGAAUACCAAGAUUUUGUGGUUUGGAACUAUACCCCUCCUCCAGCCAUCAACAAUAGUAUCAAGAUGGAAGUUGGAAUUGAAGACUGUCUUCACAUAGAGUUCGAGUACAAUAAGAGCAAGUAUCAUCUAAAAGAUGUUAUUAUCGGCAAAAUAUAUUUUCUUCUUGUAAGAAUCAAGCUAAAGAAUAUGGAUCUUGAGAUCAGACGUCGAGAAUCAACUGGUUCAGGUGUGAACACCCAUGUUGAGACAGAGACACUCGCGAAAUAUGAGCUAAUGGAUGGUGCUCCAGUUAGAGGUAUACUAAGAAGCAUCCUUUAUUUGCAACUUGCUUUUGUUCAUCACAUUACGUGCAUUAUUUGAUUCCUCUUUUCACAG